AUGAAUUUGAUUGAGGAGCGUUGGGCAGAAUGGAUCAAGGAGAUGCCCUUGAAGAUCACUUACCCAAUUGUGGAAGGACAUAAAUGGAGAGUAUGCAGCACUUGGAGGCGCCUUUGCAAGGAACCUUGGAUGUGGCAGCGGAUCGACUUAAGGGAUAGUAAGUGCAUACCUCUCAAGGUGAUGCGCAAUCUAUUCCGUGUCGCCAUCGACCGUAGUGAAGGCAAAUGUACUGAGAUGAGUUAUGCUUCCUGCGGAUCUAAUGACAUCAAAUACAUUGCUGAAAGGUCCAAAAAUCUGAGAAUAUUGUGGCUUAGGGGUUGGGCAGGGGGAUGGGGUAUCCCUCUUUAUUCUAGUUUGAUUAGAGCAGCGCCGGGGUUAUGCCACUUGGAGGAGCUGAGUCUCCAGGAGUGCUUCAUUACACCAGCCUGUAUUGAGGCCAUAGGUGUGCACUGCCCCCGGUUGACGUCUUUCUCAUUGACUCACUUUGAUACUGUGGAUUUUGAGACGGAGGAAGAGAAAAAUGGGGAUGCUCUGGCUGUUGCGACCUACUUGCCCCCACUACGCCGACUUCAGCUCAUCGGCAACUCUUUGACCGUGUGGGGGCUUGAGGCGAUUCUUGAGGGUUGUCCUAACCUCAAGUCCCUCGACCUGCGUAGAUGUUUUGGAGUUCAGCUUUCAGGGUGUAUCGGAGACAGGUGUAGAGAGAUGGACUUCCGGCACCCCGGUGAUUCUAUGAUCGACUUCAUGUUUUUAUUUUAGGGGUAGGUU